GUUUAGCUUCCCCCGAGCCACGGUUCAUCAGGAGGAAUGAAGCCGAACGAGCGAUGCCACUGGCGGUCUGGCGUUUGACACGGACACGGCGGAAAACACGGACACUUGGACGUCUACUGAAUUUAUUAUAAGACGUUGGAUGAUACUGGUUGUUUUAUUUUUUUUUCUUGAUCGCUGUAAAUAAUCCGAAUAAAGCGCUGAAGGAUGAACACCUGGGUGAGAAGCCGGAGGAGCGAGCAUAGCCUGGGAGCUGAGCGGGAUCACUUUGACAAGCAGCAGCUCAGCAGUAUCAGCAAAGCCAUCAACUCCACAGAGACGCCGGUCAAAGAGAAGCAUGCACGCCGCAUCAUCCUGGGCACACACAGAGAGAAGGGCGCCUACACCUUCUGGUCGUACUCUCUGGGCUUCCCCCUGGCCAGCAGCUCUGUCCUCAGCUGGAAGUUCUGCCACGUGCUCCACAAAGUGCUCAGGGACGGACACCGCAAUGUUUUACAAGACUGUAUGAGACACCACAGCAGUCUGGUGGAUGUGGGGAAAAUGUGGGCCCAUCUUCAUGACAAAUAUGGCCAACUGGUGCACCUCUACACCAAACUGCUGUGUACCAAAAUGGAGUUCCACACAAAGCACAACACCAUCCCCCCCAACCUGGAGAUCACAGACGAUGGCCUGGAGCGCGCCGCAGGGACUGAUAUCAACAACGUGUUCCAGCUCACUGUGGAGGUGUUCGAUUACAUGGACGGGGAGCUGCGCCUGGCGGAGACAGUGAUCCGACAGCUGAACACGUCCAUCGCCAUCUCCAGUCUGACCUCAGGCCAGUGCCGCCUGUCUCCUCUCAUUCAGGUGAUCCAGGACUGCAGCCAGCUCUACCACUUCACCGUCAAGCUCCUCUUCAAACUGCACGCAUGUCUCCCGGCUGACACUCUCCAAGGACACCGCGACCGCUUCCACGACCAGUUCCACAGCCUGAAAACCUUCUUCAACAAAGCUCGAGACAUGUUGUACUUCAAGAGGCUCAUCCAGAUCCCCCGGCUGCCUGAUAGCCCUCCAAACUUCCUGCACGCUGCGUCUCUGGCCAAACACAAGAAGCUGGUGGUGGUGAUCCCAGACCAGGACGAGCAGCAGGACGAUGAUGACGAUGAGCCCGAACCUCUGAUCGACGUGGAGAGCACCCCCGCCCCCCUCGCCCUCGCACCACAGCCGUCCGUGGACAUCUUUGACCAGGCGUUCGGUCCUCCUAAUGGAGCCUUUGACGACAGAGACCUGCAGAUCGACAGCCUGAAGAGGGACCUGGAGCUGCUCAGAGCAGAGCUGGAGCGAGUCAAGGCGGAGGCCCAGCGCUACAUCACCCAGCUCAAGUCUCAGAUCAACAGCCUGGAAGCAGAGCUGGAGGAGCAGAGGGCACAGAAGCAGAGAGCUCUUCUGGAGAACGAGCAUCUGAGGAUGGAGCUGGAGAACACACGGCGCAGGAACGCAGAGCACGAGGGGCUGCAAGCCACCUUCCUGGAGGCUGAGAAGAAAGCCCAGGCCUCGGAGCAGCGCUACAACAUGCUCAAGGACAAACAAGAGCUGGUGGCCAGUCACGCAGAGCUGCUACGGAAGAGUGCAGACACAGUGAAGAUGCUGUCAGUGACGCAGCAGACUCAAGAGGAGGUGGAGCGCACCAAACAGCAGUUGUCCUUCGAGAUGGACCGCAUCAAACAGGAGGCCGACAUGAGGAUGGAGGAACAGAAGUUUGAGAUGGAGAAGCUGAGGAGGGAGCUGGAGGAGAAGAGGACAGAGAUGAUGCGCAUCAAGUCAUCUCUCCAGAACACAGAGCAGGCGUCAGAACAAAUGAGCAGCUCCAUGUCGGCUCUGCAGGCAGAGAAAGAGCGUCUGAUGCGCUCUGUGAGUGAGAAGGAAGCAGAGCUGUCCUCUCUCAGACAGUCUGCUCAGCUCCAGCAGUCCUCACUCCAGCAGGAGAAAGAGAGGAGCAGCAGGGAGCUGGGAGAGCUGCAGAGCAAACUGCACCAAAAGACGAGUCAGGAGGAGCAGCUGAAGCAGAAGCUGCUGGAGGAGCAGUUUGCUCUGCUUCAGGGAACUGUGAGUGAGGCUGAAAGCAUCAUCCAGGACGCUGUGGCCAAGAUCGAUGACCCUCUGCACAUCCGCUGCACCAGCUCCCCAGAUUAUCUCAUCAGUCGGGCGGAGGCGGCCCUCGGCUCCAUCGACAGCCUGAAGAAGGGUCAUUCAGAUUACAUGAGAAACAUGAAUGAUGCUGGAGCACUGGUCAGGGCAGUGACCCAGUUCUCCCACCUGACUGCGGACACCAUCGUGAACGGCAGUGCCACAGCGCACAUGGCCCCCACCGACCACGCAGACAGACUGACGGAGAACUGCAGGAGCUGUGCCACUCAGAGUCUGCAGUACCUCCAGGAUCUGAAGGCCAAAGUGUCUCUGCAGAGAGCCGACCCUGCCUCUGUCCGCCUCAUCAUCCAGAAGAUCCUGCACUUAGGACAGGAGCUGCGUCCCAAAGGGAUGGACGUGCGGCAGGACGAGCUGGGGGACCUGGUGGAUAAAGAGAUGGCUGCCACCUCAGCGGCCAUAGAGGAGGCAGUGCGCAGGAUCGAUGAAAUGAUGAACCAGGCCAGAAAAGACACUACAGGAGUCAAACUGGAGGUCAAUGAGAGAAUCCUGAACAGCUGCACAGACUUGAUGAAGGCCAUCCGUAUGCUGGUGGUGGCCUCCACAGAUCUGCAGAAGGAGAUCGUGGAGGGCGGCAGGGGCGCAGCGUCCAUCAAAGAGUUCUAUGCCCGUAACUCGCGCUGGACAGAGGGGCUGAUCUCUGCGGCCAAGGCUGUGGGCUGGGGAGCCACUGAGCUGGUGGACUCUGCAGAUAAAGUGGUCCUGCACACAGGCAAAUAUGAAGAACUCAUCGUGUGUUCACAUGAGAUCGCUGCCAGUACUGCACAGCUGGUGGCUGCUUCUAAGGUGAAAGCUGACCGCAGCAGUAAGCGUCUGUCCACGCUGCAGCAGGCCUCACGCUACGUCAACGAGAUGGCCGCCAACGUGGUGGCCUCCACCAGGACGGGCCAGGAGAACCUCGAGGAGAAAGAUACUAUGGACUUCUCAGGGAUGUCUCUCAUCAAACUCAAAAAGGAGGAAAUGGAGUCACAGGUGAAGGUUCUGGAGCUGGAGACUAUGCUGGAGAACGAGCGUCUGCGUCUGGGUGAGCUCCGAAAGAAGCACUACGAGGUGGCAGGAGUCCCUCUGGACCAGAUCGCCGACGGCAACGGCUUGGCCCCCGCCUCCCCCAAAACCUCCAAACCUACACUCAUGAAGAAGCCCGCUCUGGCCCAGAAGCCCAAUGUCCCACCCAAGAACAUGUUCAAAUAAAGACCUGACUCCAUGAUCAGCACGAGACACUGGGACCUGUCCCUUUUAUUUGUAUUUUUAAACGUUUCGCUGACAAUCCUGACACCGACCCCCUGAUUUUUGCCAAAACCAUCUGAGAAAUCCCCAGGCCUGUUCAAAUGCAACUGUACCUAUUAUUUUGGCAUUCAGGAUAAAACAUCUGGCUCCUACCAAGUUUAGUUUAUUGUAUUUUUUUAAAAAAUUAGAUUUAAACACUUCUGCUUUUAAUAAACGUGAAGAAUGAACUACUUAAGAGACUGCAGCGCCUUGGCCUAGUGGAACUUUGGACCUUUUUGUCACACUGUGUAUUAAAGCUGAAAGAUGUCUUAUAUUUUGCUGGAAAUCUUGAACAUACCUCUGCCUUUGCCUUUUAAUCUGACGUGACAGUUCAGAGGCCUUGAAUGUGCUGGUGUGUGUGAGCAGCUCGGACGCUGUGGUGUCCACUGAAUGUUUGGACUCAAGUCAUGUGCUGGUGUGCUCCAGGUCACAUCCUCUGGGACGUGUGGAACAGGGUCGCCUCCUUUUGUUUCUUCUUCUUUGCUCUGGAUGAAUUAUGUCUCUUUAUAAGCUCAGAUCAAUUAAUAUAUUUUAGUAAAGAUAAUGGUGGUUUCUCAUUGUACCAAGUGUAAAUGUCAAAUAAACUCUACAUGUUUGAUUUGA